AUGAUUUUAAUAGAUCACGAAACUGCAAGCGCAACAGGUGGUGAAUUAUUUGAUCGUAUGUGUGAUUGCGGAAAAUUUACCGAAGCCGAUGCUGUAGAAGUUACAAAAACAGUACUUACAGCAGUAGCAUAUCUUCACGCGAAUCAUAUCGUGCAUCGUGAGAAUUUAUUAUAUAAGAGUCGAGCACCUGAUUCCGCUCUGGUACUGGAAUUGCAAAAGUUCAUGAAAGAUGACGAUGAUAUUCUAACUACUUAUUGUAGUUCACCUGGUUACGUCGCACCAGAAAUUUUAAAUCGAGUUGGAUAUAAUAAAUCUGUGGAUCUUUGGAGUAUCGGGUCGACCGCAGAGCAAGUGGUAAACAUAAAUGGCUUACGGGUAAAACGGCAAUGGACAUUGACUUACAAUGACUUUGUCGAGAACUUUAAUGCCCGUAGAACAUCGAUGGAAGUUGUGCAAGCGGUAAACAGACUCGAGAAAAAUGCUACAAAGAAACCUGAUAAUGGUGAUGAUGAGGAAGAACUACAAAAUGUGCAAGAAAAUCAAAAUCUUAAUCAAAAGCAGGCCCAGAAUAUCGAAACGGAUCCAGAUGUAAGGAUAAGUUGA